CCUACAACCCCUAAAAUUCGUCGGUCUCGUGCAACCGCGUCGUCGGAGGAGCGAAAUCCGGCACCGAUUCUACACCAAAUUGGAUUGGAACGCAGCAUGCUCAAAUUCGAACCACCGGCCACUAGGCGAUAGGAAUUUGUUCGAUCGCGCCGCCGUCGUUUCAUUCUUCCAUUGAAGCGAGGAAGAAGAUAACAACGGUGCGACACGCUAGCCUGUUUUGUGUUUUAGUUACUUAGUUCUACUUUGCUCGUUGGAUUGUUUAUAGAUUUAUAAGUUUCUCAAGUUCUGUUCCAUUUUCUCUUUAGCGUCCUUCGAAAAUUCAAGCUAGCUAUAGUUUGGUUUGAGAAUAUGCUUAAUUAAGAAGCUCUGCAGCAACUUAAGUGGUGAUUUUUUCCAUAAUAGCAUGCGUAGUUACUUGUUUUCAUGUUAUUGACAUUGUUUGAGGCAAAGUUCAAUUCUGUGUACCAUGAUGAGAAUUUGCAGCUAUGAGAGAAACAAACUUCCACUAUGUAGAUUGUUGGCUAGGCUGUACAGUUCUGGUGAACAAGUUGAUACGGUCUCGGAUUCAACCAAGAGUAUAUGUAAAAUCAUGAUGACAUGCCAAACACUGGCGCUUGAAACUGCCCUUGAUCAAAGUGGGAUUAGGAUUUCACCUGAGAUAGUUGAGGCUGUCCUAAAAAGAUUUGAGAAUGCUGGCAUGUUAGCUUAUAGGUUCUUUGAAUGGGCUUCCAAACAACGAAGCUAUGUCCAUAGUGUGAGGGCUUACCACUCUAUGAUCGAGUCUUUAGCUAAGAUAAGGCAGUACCAGAUGGUGUGGGAUUUGGUGAAUGUUAUGAGGAAUAAGGAGAUUCUAAAUGUUGAGACGUUCUGUAUUAUCAUGAGAAAGUAUGCUAGAGCUCAGAAAGUAGAGGAAACAGUUUAUACAUUUAAUAUCAUGGAAAAAUACAACAUGAAACCAAAUGUAGCUGCAUUUAAUGGAUUGCUGAGUGCUCUGUGCAAGUCCAAGAAUGUGAGGAAGGCUCAGGAAAUUUUUGACAGUAUGAAGGAUCAAUUUGUUCCCGACUCGAAAACUUACAGCAUACUCAUUGAAGGAUGGGGUAGGGCUCCAAAUCUUCCAAAGGCAAGGGAGAUUUUUAGAGAAAUGAUUGAUAGCGGGUGCGUUCCUGAUGUAGUGACAUAUAGCAUUAUGGUUGAUGUUCUUUGCAAAGCAGGACGAGUCGACGAAGCAGUUGGCAUUGUAAAAGAAAUGGAUUCUAAUAAUUGUGGACCGACAUCAUUUGUCUUUAGUGUUUUGGUACAUACAUAUGGUGUAGAAAAUCGGAUCGAGGAGGCAGUCUCUACGUUCUUGGAGAUGGAAAGAAAUGGAGUAAGGGCUGAUGUAGCAGCAUAUAAUGCUUUAAUCUCUGCUUUCUGUAAAGCAAACAGGAUUAAGAAUGUGUAUAGGGUGUUAAAGGACAUGGAAUUAAAGGGUGUUAGCCCCAAUUCAAGGACUUGCAACAUCAUUAUAAACAGCUUAAUAGGCAGUGGUGAGACAGAUGAGGCGUUUAGGAUGUUUCGAAGGAUGGUCAAAGUGUGCGAACCAGACGUAGAUUCGUAUACCAUGAUCAUAAAAAUGUUCUGCGGGAGGAAGGAGGUUGAUAUGGCUCUUAAAGUUUGGAAUUAUAUGAAGAAGAAGCAGUUUGUUCCGAGCAUGCACACGUUUUCUGUUCUUAUUAAUGGACUGUGUCAAAUAGGCAAUGCUACAAAAGCUUGUGUAUUGUUGGAAGAGAUGAUAGAGAAAGGAAUACGGCCUUCUGGUGUCACAUUUGGAAGGUUGAGACACUUAUUGAUCAAGGAAGGCAGAGAAGAUGUUCUAAAAUUUCUGCAGGACAAAAUGAAUUUACUUGUCAAGGAGCCAAUGUGUGAUUGAGGAACUUGGCUGAAUGAUGCGCUGCUGUUCAAAAUUCCCAUCUUUGCUGGAUGGACUAUUAAAAGAGAGCUGAAAUGCAAAAGCAGAGAAAGAAAGAUGGUCAAAAUGAUUUGAGCUGCCACUUGCUACUGCUGAAUUUUAUGUACAACCAUUUCCAUUGGAGUAACAAGGGAAAUGUUUCUCAACCUCUUUGCUCAGAUUUUUUUUUUCAUCAGAUAGCACUACGUGGAGUUAUUGAGUCUAUGGUUGUUUAGUUUAGGGAGCUAAUUAGUUCGAAGAGUUAAAUAAUUUAUAACUCCUCGGGAAUUUUUGAUUGGUGCUGAACUAACUAUAGUGCAAAGUCGUAUCUCUUUGGUUAAUAUGAUUCAAAAGGUUUAUCGAUCCCAAGAGGUGGAGAUCCAUAAUAGACAUAUCGAAAUUAUUGUACGUCAAAUAACAUCAAAAGUGUUGGUUUCAGAAGAUGGAAUGUCUAAUGUUUUUUUCACCUGGAGAACUCAUUGGAUUGUUGCGAGCGGAACGAACAGGGCUCUACUUAG